AGUCAGCAGUGCAAGUGAACAUUAUAGUAUUGCAAAUACUUUGCAGCUUAAAGCGGGACCCCAGCUCUGUAAGUUGGCCUUGGUUCUGAUCCGCUGUCCGAUUGGUCUGCAGGUGAAGCUCUGGGUCGAGCCGUUUCAAAGGGCGGUUGUGUGUUUGAGGAAGGAGUCGUCCCUGCGAUGCUCUGACACCAUCAACCUUAGUGAGAGGCAGAGCCGAGCCACUGUCGUUCUGAACGUCUCUGAGAUGGAGCUGCUGCCCUCGCUGCUGUCCUCCCUGAAGUCCAAGGAUCCCGCUACUCUGGACCAGGAGUACAGUGUGGUGCGUUCACAGUCCCUCGCGUUAAAGAAAGAACAUGGCUUGACCACAGAGGCCGGAUCCUUGAAGGAGAACAUCAAGAAGAACCGAUAUAAAGACAUCCUGCCAUAUGAUCAGACUCGGGUGGUGCUGUCUCUGAAGACCUCAGGAUCUCAGUCUGAUUACAUCAACGCCAGCUUCAUCCAGGGGGCGUCAGGUGACCGCAAAUACAUCGCCUCUCAGGCGCCUCUCAGCUCCACUGUGACUGACUUCUGGAGGAUGAUCUGGCAGCACCAAACCAAGGUGAUAAUCAUGGCCUGCAGGGAGAUCGAGAUGGGGAAGAAAAAGUGUGAGUCCUACUGGGCAGCUCCUCAUCAGUCUGCAGCAUUUGGACCUUUUACUGUAACUUCUGAGGCGGAGUCCCGACCCAAUGAGGACGUUGUGGUCAGAACUCUGACUGUCAGCUAUCAGCAGGACGUCCGUUCAGUGGUUCAGUUCCAAUACUUAUCCUGGCCGGACCACGACGUCCCCUAUGAGAACGCAGGCGUUCUGGACCUGCUGGAGCGAGCAAGGAGCAGCCGAGGAGGUGAUACCGCCCCUGUUCUGGUCCACUGCAGUGCGGGCUGUGGGAGGACAGGAGUCAUCUGUGCUCUCGACUACAUCUAUGACCUUCUGGUUACCAAGCGGAUCUCCCAAGACUUCAGCAUCCUGAGCAUUGUCCUGGAACUCCGCAGACAAAGACCCUCUGCUGUGCAGACCAAAGAUCAAUAUCGCUUCAUCUUCACCGCAGUCGCCAGCAUGUUUGAACGCUUCCUGCAGACAUCUGAUGACGGUCUCUACUGCAACCUGUCUGAGGUGACAAAAACAGAGAAGAGAACCUCGGCAGCAGCUUCAUCGUCCAUCAACAGGUUAUCAAAGCCUACCAUGAAUGACACGUACGCUGUUGUCAACAAGCCCAAGCAACCCCACAGAACCACAUCAGAACCCGCCUACUGUCCUGUGGUGACACCACGGGCCAAACCUGGAAGCAGGACGCUGCCUUCAUCCCAUCACUAUGACAACGAUUGCAAAGGAGCAUCUUCGGCGCCCAUCUACAGCACGGUGAAACCCAAAGAGAAGCCUCGCUCCCUGCCGCCGUCGGCCUCACCCAUAUACGACAUCGCCACCCCAGCCAGUCAGUCCAUAGAGGGCUCAGACUAUCACCUGGUGUCAGCUGAUGAUCUGUCAGCAGGUGAUCCCGACUAUGAAGACGUUUCCUCUCCUGCGUCAGACUCCAGCAGUUUCUUUGCACCUGGCAGCAUCGGUUUUAACUGCCGCAUCCAGAAGCCCAAAGGACCCAGAGACCCUCCGGCUGAGUGGGGACGCCUGGAGCGCUGAACUAAAGACCGGGUUCACAUUGGACCAUCAGACUGGACUGAAUCAGUUCUCC